UAGAGCUAUAAGCUAACGCAAAGUGCUCGUAGCACUUUUCUUCAAUCUAAAUUUCUAAACAAGUAACUUGUCUGCUUCUGAUAUGUGUAAAAGUUUUAAUUUUGAAUAAUUUCCUUUCGCCUUAGCAAGUUCUUUGAAACACAAGUAUAUAUAUUUAUUAAAACUUCAUAGCAAAGCAUGCUUUCCAGUAUUGUAAAGGAACAUCAAGUUAAGCAGUCUGCCAAGAGAGAAGAACUUGAAAAAAAGCGUAAAGACGCUGUUGUUGCUGCCAGUACACUUACAUCAGCUUUAGUAGAUCAUCUGAAUGUUGGUGUUGCUCAAGCAUACCUUAACCAAAAAAGGUUAGAUUAUGAGUCAAAACAACUUCAUGCUAAUGUGACAAAUUUUGCGAAGCAAACAGCACAGUGGCUGCAACUUGUAGAGAGCUUUAGUCAAGUUCUGAAGGAAAUUGGUGAUGUAGAAAACUGGGCAAAAAGUAUAGAGAAUGAUAUGCGAACUAUUUCAAGUGCUCUAGAAUAUGCAUAUAAAGUGGGACAGGAGGAGUCUUGAAAAUGUAUGAAUGUUAUGAAAUUUAAUUCAAUUAUUAUUUGUAUUUAUGAUUCAUGUAUGUAACAAAAAUAAAUUCUUUAUUUAAACUA